AUGCAGAAGAUGGGCCAACAAAACAAUAUGCAAAAAAACGGCCAACAAAAUAACAUGCAAACAAGCGGCCAACAAAACAAUAUGCAACAGAUGGGUCAACAAAAGAACAUGCAACAAAUGGGUCAACAAAAGAACAUGCAACAAACAAGCCAACAAAACAAUAUGCAGAACAUGGGCCAACAAAACAAUAUGCAGAAAAUGGGCCAGCAAAGCAAUAUGCAGCAAAUGGGCCAACAUAACAACAUGCAAAAAAUGGGCCAACAAAACAACAAUCAAAAAUCAGGAAACAACCAACAAAUGAACUUCCAACAACCUAGCAUGCAAAAAUCAGGAAACAAUCAACAAAUGAAUUUCCAACAACUUAGCAUGCAAAAAUCAGGCUCUCCACCCAAGAACAUGCAACACGGUAAUACUCAGCAAAUGAGCUAUCAAAAAAAUGGAGGUCACAUAAGCUCUCAGCAGGAAAAUAAGCAAUCAAUGGGUCAGCAGAACAUGCAGAAGGGUGAUGACCAAAACAUGCGCUUCCAAAACCCCAUCGGCGAGAACGUAAUGCAAUCUGGACAUAAGCAACAAUCAGGCUUUGACCAAGAUUGGUCAGGUGGACAAAGGCAGAAGAGUCCGAGCAGGAACCAAUCAUUUGCCAAAGAUAAUAACUGUACCCAGCCUAUCCAGCUCAAACGGAGCCAUUCUGAUAGCCAUCAGAAAGCUCGUCACUAUCCAACAAGUUCAUGUGCUUCCAGUAUCUCCAAUUACGACCGAAUCGGUGGUGAAAAUGGUAGAAGCCUUUAUUCUGGUCUAUUAGACUAUGAUUUCCAUUGUGACUAUCACGAUCGAAUUUUACACAAUGAGAUUAAUCGCGCAUUGAUGCUUCCAAAGCUGGACGAAGAAUAUUCCGGCGGUCGGCGAAGGUCUUCUUCCUUUGUGUUUUGA